AAAUUUGCAAUAAAAUAAACUAAAUGUGUAUUUUGGAUUUUCCGCUAAUAUAAACAAACACACACACACACACACACACACACACAGAGAGACAGUGUCUUUGGCAAGAAAGAAGGAAACAAACCUAAAUAAAGAACUAAAACACAGAAGGGAAUUUUCCCGUCCAGGAAACCCAAAGAUGGGAGGAGCAGAAAGAGGAGAAAUGAUCCGUGAUAUCAGUCUGUCCUGAUAAAAGAAGAAAUACAAACACACAAUCACACCUGAAUCACAACAUCUACAGGUGACUGGGAUCUGGUGUGCCUCCCACUGUUCAGUGACAUCAGAGCACAUGUUGGACAUGGAGGAAAUUUUAAUUUUCAUCAACAACAAAUGGAAGAAAAAUCAAGUUUCCUUGGUCGUCGUGCAUGGUUUCUACAUAUGUUCUCAUUUUUCACUAUAAUUACUGAUUAUGUUGCUCACCUGUGUCUCAUUAAUUUCCUUAAUUACUGUGCAUUUAUAGUCCUCUCACUUGGCAUUGUGGACUAUGAAUAUUUUUGGCUCGAUGACAAAGUGAGCGUGAUGUUCCUGUAUGAAAUCAUCUACAAUGAAUGUAAACAUAAAUGGAUAAAUGUAAUGAUUUUAUAUAAUGAUAAUAAAUAUUCAUUGAGUGACUUCAUGAAAUAAUUGCGCAAUAUUUGAACAUCAGCAGAAGCAGUUAAAUGAAAUGGUGUAAAUAUUGUGGAAGAUUACAGGACCAACAAUGGUAUACAGUAUAUACAAUGGUAUAUAAUAAUAAUUUAAUAAUAAUUAAAGUUUAAUUUUAUUUCGGUUGACGUAUUUUGUUAGUUUUAAUAAGUCUGUUUCCGUUACACAUUUGCACAAAACUUUUGCAAUAUUUGAUAAAUGUUUCCAUUGCAGUUUUGCAAAGUAUUCCUUUUUGCCUAAAAAAAACACCUCAUGCGAGCAUAAAAACGAUUGUUGCGAUAUAUGGGAGUUUUUGAAAAAUUGACGUUUAUAUUGGGCAUAUUCACAAUUUCAGUUUACUCAAUUUGAAGGGUAAUGGAAAUGCAGCUACUGACGAUUUUGCAUAUUUUACCUGAAAAGUGCUCCUGGUUUCCUGGUUCUAUUGUGUUUUUACCAUCAUCAUCAUCAUCUUGAUGAAGAACGGCACACAUUCAAAUUCUGUCCAGAAGAUUCAAUCUGUCCUGUAUCUGAUUAUUCUUCCCCGAGGGACACUGGGACAUUCGUGACCAGCAGCUGCAUAAAAAAUGAACAACAAUAUGUAAAUUAAUAGGGAAAAAACAUAGACACAUGAGAUAAACAGAGACGAGGAAGACUAGAAUAAUAUCAGUAUUCAUUCAAAUCAUUACUCAAAAAAUAACCAAAAAUAUAGUUGUGCUCGUCCAGACCUCAGCAGAUUCUCUUUCACGUUUAAUCGAAGUCUCAAUUUUAUCUCAGAUGUUUGCCUGGAGAAAUAAAAACUGACAAUGCAUAGAUAUCAAUUAUUUUAAAAUAGAGGUAGUUGUAUACUAUAACAAAACCUACACACUAACCAUAACAGAAAUGUUUUCUAUUUUAUAUUAUUUUUACAUAUGAGGACAUCUCCAAAACUAGGUUUUGCGAGUUUAACUCACUUCUAGGUACAGGUUUAUCCCCAAAAUAUGGUUAAGUCCGGACAGCAGGUGAAUUUGGGUAAAAUAUGUAAAUAAUAAAUAUCAGCGUACUUCCUCUUGAUUGGUUACAUUAAGAAUUGCACACAUUGUAUUACAGAGUAUAUUGUAUUUUUUGUAUUAAAUGGUUUCUAAAAUCUUAUGUUUAAAUAUGAAAAAUGAAGUAUUGCCAAAAUAUGCUAUAAUUUGCAUACAUUUGCAGAACAGAAAUCUAAAGCCUGAUUCAAAAUUCAAUUUUGAUUUUGCUGACAUAUUAGAGUUAAAGGAUCUCUUUUUAUCACUCCAAAAAACAUCAACAGACACAAAACAAACACUUUUUCACCAUGUUUUUAGGAGUAAAAUGUUGUAUAAAUCAGUGUGAAUGAAAUGUGAACGAACCCCACACUAAAAACCAGCAGAAGCUGUAAUCAGUAAGUUUUGGUGUAUGUAAGUGCUGCUGAAGUAGACGAAAAAACCUAUGUGUUGUAACUGAAACCUAUAGAUGCAAUUAAAAGUGUAUUUUAGAUGUUUGGGCAAGAGAGGAGGAAAUAAACCUGGAGGAAAAAAAACAAACCACAGAAGGGAGUUUUUCUUUCCAGGAAAAGCAAAGAUGGGAGGAGCAGAACGAGAGACGAUCGGUGAUAUCAGUCUGUCCUGAUGAAAGAAGAAACACAAACACACCUGAAUCACAACAUCUACAGAAAUGGAGAGAAUCACAUUGCUGUCUCUUCUGCUCACAGUCGUGGUCAGUUCAUCUCCGCGUCAGUAUCACUUUGUGAAUCAGAAGAUGAACUGGACUGAAGCUCAGAGUUACUGCAGAGAGAAACACACAGAUCUGGUCACUAUCAAUAACAUACAAGAACAGAAUGACACAGAAGAGCUCAUACAGAGAGUGAACAGCAGUGCUGGCCGUGUCUGGAUUGGGCUGAAGGACGCAUGGAUUUGGUCUCUGAGUGACUCUGACUUCUACAGAGGAGAUGAGUCUCAGUAUAGGAACUGGAAACCAGGACAACCAGGUGGAGAUGGAGACUGUGUUUAUAUGAACAAUGAUGGAGAAUGGCAUGAUAUAGCCUGUGAUACCCAAAAUCAUUUCAUCUGCUAUAAUGGCAGCAGUAAAGGGUUCGUCCGUGUACAGGAGCUAAAGAAGAAGACUGAAGCUCUGAAAUACUGCAGACAGAAACACACAGAUCUGGCCAGUGUGAGGAAUCAGAGCGAGAAUCAUCAGAUCCAGAACAUCAUAAACCAGAGCCUAACUUCACCUAAACAAGCCUGGAUCGGUCUGCACAGAUUCUGGGUUUGGUCAGAUAACAGCACCGCCACAUUCUUACACUGGAAACAAGAUGAACCCAAUAACAGAGAGGGCAGAAGCAGCAUCUGUGCAUCAACUGGUAUCAGUAAUGAAGGACAAUGGACAGACGAAUACUGUAGAGAAUCACAUCCCUUUGUGUGUUAUGAUGAUAAACUGGUUCUGAUCCGAGAGAAUAAGACGUGGACUGAAGCUCUGAGAUACUGCAGAGAAAGGGACAUGGGCCUGGUGUCGGUGGAUUCAGAGCAGAUGCAGCGGCGGGUGAUGAAUGUGACCGCGAGCGCCUCCUCCAAUCACGUGUGGCUGGGUCUGCGUCACUCCUGCACAGUGGGACUCUGGUUCUGGGUCAGCGGUCACACCAUCUGCUACGAUCAGUGGGCUUCUAAUUACGACAAAGAACUGGACGACUGCGUUAAUACGGUCAGAUCUGGAGCCAUUCGGACCAGCGAUAAUCACUGGAUCAGCCGCCCUGAAACUGAAGAAAACAACUUCAUCUGCUUCAAGUGAGUGCUGGAGAGUAACUGAUUACAUAUAAUCCAGAUUACAAAUAUUCAGCACUUGUAAUUAGAUUACAUUUUACCUUAAAAUGCCAAUAACCAGAUGCCUGUUAAUUUCUUAAUGAUUACAUAUUCACACAAUGGCAGUCAAUUAUUCAUGUGACCAUAAAGUAAUCAAAAAGUACUCAGAAUACAAUACUAAAAACAUGUAAUCUAAUAGAUUAUCCCCCGGUUUCACAGAUAAGGUUUAAGACUAGUCCCAGACUAAAAUGCAAAUCUGAGCUGUUUCAACAGAACGAAACUCGCACUGACUGAUCUUAAAAUAUAUCAGUGCCUUUGUUUUGUCUCAAGAUGCACACACAAUGUGUUUUUCUAAGGCACGUUUAUAAAAAUUACUUAAAUUUUGUAAUUUAAGUAUGGCCUAAUCAUGGUUUAUUCUAAGCCCUGUCUGUGAAACCAGACCUAUGUUACUAAAUAAAGUUUUUGUCAUCUAAUUUGUAACCCGUAAAGGUUGAAACAUUUUUAAGUAAUUACACACUGUGUGUGAGUCAAAUAACCAAUUUAAUCAAGUUGUUUGGACUCAAAUUAUUCAAUUUAAUUCCAGUUUAUUUGUAAAGUUCUUUUCACAAUAAAUAUUGUUUCAAAGCAGCUUCACAGAAAAUGUAUAUUUCAAUGUUACAAUCAGGAAGUUUUCUGUUAUUGGACUCGAAUGAUCUCCAUUUAAAGUCUUUUCAUGUCUAUUUGAACUUCUAUCAUGUUUUCACUUGUUUAAGGUCAAUUAUAUAAUUCAGUUUCAUGACUCGUGAGGUGAUGAAGACAAACAUUGACUGUGUUUUCUUUAAAUUUACUUUAUUAUUGUUUUUUUGUUUGUUUGUUUAGCACGUUUAGUAUUUACUACUUACAUUUAUAUAAUAUUUACACUAUAUUUGAACAUCAGAAGAAGCAUUUAAAUGAAGUGGUCAAGGUUAAAAUGUGAUUAAAAUAGGGCUUAUUGAUACUUCAAUAUUGCAGAAAAUUACAGGAUCUAUACAAAUAUAUACAGUGCUGCUAAAAAAAAUAGAAAAACUUAAAAAAGAAUAAAAAAACUACAAGUUUGACAUAACAUGACAUUUGUGCAUAUAAUUAUCCAAAUAACCGUCUGUAUGCAAAUACAUUUCUGAAUGUCAGUCAUUUUCUUUGCUGGAUUCAUGUCGGCUCAUGAUUCAUACAAUUUUUUUUUUUUUUUUUUUUUUAAGAAAAUAAAGCUUUGAAUGAAAUUUAAUUUGUCAUCUUGUGUGACUCUGAUCUAUUAACAAUAAUUCUGAACAUACAUGAGGGAGAUAAACGAAACUGGACUUUGGUGUGGGUUUGGAGAGCUGGAUGUGGUUUGGUCAGGUCUAAAGCUAUAAUGAGUUCACAAUACUUACAUUAAAUAAGUUUACAUUAAACAUACAGUAAACUAACUACAGACUCAUUCUAGAAUUGCGGGUACAUUUCAAGCUGAGAAAGAAAACAAAAAAAUGGAAUAUAUUUUCAUAGAACACACUUUAAAUUUAAUAUUUUCUAUAUUUGCUGUUCUUAAACGUAAAAUUUUAAAUAUUUAUUCUGAAAAUCAACGUACUAACAGAAAAAUCUGUCAACUCAGUUAUAGAUAAAUUGGGUCAAACAUAUACAGUUAACAAAUGUAACACAAUUUAAAACCCUGUCCUCCCUAGAAGAACAUCUGUCUCUUAAUCCAUUACUUCAACUUUAAACCUAAUAAUAUAUAGACUUUUUGUUUUAGAGUAAAAAUAUCAACACGUUUAAAUGAAAAGUUGCCAACAUGGUGUGCAUUUUCUCUAAACAUAGCUUUCAAAAUGAAUUACAUUUUUUAUAAUUUCAUGUAGUAGUAGUACUAAUCAGGCUAAUUAGGUUCUGAUCAAUUUGUUAACAAUAAAACACAUAUAAUUAUCAUUUUUAAAAACUUUAAACAAACAGAGUUGACAUUGAUGGUAACAGAGUUGACAUCAGAAAACAGAGUUGACCACCUGUAGUUAAAAGACCAAAAACAGCAACAUUUUCUGCCAGAUUCUGAAACUGAAACCAUUUUAAAUGUAACAACUAUAUAAUUUUAAUGUAUGAAUCUGGAGGCAAAGACAGUCAAUAAUAGGUGUAGUGGCAGUCUUUCAGUUAUUAUUUUCAAGACAAAAUGUCCCUUAAUAUACAUAAAUGCAUUGUUUUGGUGAUAAUAUAAUUUGUGUUAUUAUUCAAAACUGAUUCAGCAAAGUUUUUGUUUUUUUAAAAAUAACAGAAGGUUUACCUGGGAGACGCAAAAUGUACCCCCAAUUCUAGAAUUACCCACCAUUAAUAAGUUUAUAAUACUUAUAAUCCAACUUUCUGCAUCAUUUUGAAUUAUUUCCAAAUGGAUUUGAGAAGUUCUCAGGUGAAAAUGUGAGAAAUCAAAUUACACAAUUUACAUUCUCCCUGUGUAGAAUUUAUAUUUUGCUUAAGGGAAAGUUUAUUUUUGGCAUUGUGACAUUAUUUUCAUUACAUUCAAGCACAUCUUCUACUUAAAUUCUUAAUAUUGUAUUGUGAAAACAAUUUUUGUCAAUUAAAAUAAUUGUUGAGUACAACUGUAAAUCUAAAUUAUGGGAAUUAAAAAAAAAAAAGUAAGAAGAAAUGGGUAACACUUUAUAAUAACUGCACGUAUGAAUCAUUAGGUAAGCAUUAGCAAAUAGUCAAUUCAUCCUUUAUAAAGCAUUGUCCCAACAUUAAUAGUCAGUAAGCAGUUUAUAAACGUUUUUCUAUGAAGUUGCAGAGGUUUAUUUUUUACAUCUUGAAAACAUAUUUCUGAGUUCUGCAUCCCUCUGUGUUGUGUUUGGGAGAUAACUGAGCCUUUAAAUCUUCUUUGUAAAUGCUUUAUAAGGAAUAAAUAGUCCUCACUUCAGAUGAACUCACAAAAACAGAUGACUGGCAACUACUACAUGUUUCAUAACUACCUGACUUAAUCAUGAAUUACAGCAGGAAUAUGUGUUAAUAAAGCAUUUAUUAACACACUGAGCAACUAUUAUCACGUGUCUAAAUAAUAAGAUUUAUAAAUUUAAAUAGUUUAUUAAUCAUUUACUUACACUUUCUAAAUGAUCUUAUGAACCACUGAAAACUCCUAAAUAACUGGUUUGUAAAUAACCAAAGUGCAUUAAAUUUAGAUCUGGAUCAUGUAUUUGGAUGUUGCAUUUCUUUUAAGUGUUUUUACAGUGUUGCACAUUUUAAUCAAUCAGACGUUUCUGUUGAGCUUAUGGAUGCAAUGGUCAAUUAGAAGCAUACAGACGAGUCAUGAAUUCUCUCAUCAUAAUCAACAAAGUGCAGAUGUACAUGUGAUGUAAGUAAGAGAUUCAUUCAUCUUACAGCAGGUCCGCAUGUGCGACCGAAAUAAAAAAUGCGCUGUGUAAAUAAGUACUGGCAUGGUUGACAGCUGUUAAUGCACAAUUACAAUUUUAGAUCGGCAAAACUGUGUGCGCUAAACCUGGAAGAGCACAUACUUACUUGCUGGAAACCUGCCCCAAAAAAAGCCUGCUGAUUUUAAGGUUGAAAAUGAUGAAAAUUCAUAUAAAGAAGUAGAAGAAGAAGUAAAUAUCAGCAUUUUAUUUUUAGGUUUACUAUAAAAUAAUUGUAUUUGUAUUAAUUCUCCCUUUUAUUUAAAAAUAGUAUUAUCACACUAUUAUUUUGUUUGUUCUUUUAUUUAAAAAACUAACUAAAUAAAGUGCAAUACCAUUA